CCGAAGCCUACCGCGGUGUCUCCGAAGAGUUCAGAGGAGCAAUUCUAACUUGAAUUUGCAAGUCCAGAAACUACUCCCUCAGAGAAUUCAAAGUCGUCAGGAUCACUACCUUGUUGACUGGUUAUGUAGUUAUCUGGCUUGUUAGCCAACAUCGUUCGCUGUUUGAGUUGAUUGAGUGGCAAAGCAGAGCUAGCUCGCUACCUUGUUAGGGUAACACGUCGACUAAGUGCAAUUUCUUCAUCGCACUUAUUUUUGUCAUUUCAUACUUUUGCACAUUUUAGCUAACUGUUUUUAUGCAUUUUUAACCAAUGCGAUUCGUGUUGACAAGUGUGCCGAGGCACUUGUACGUUGUUCAAAAUCUGAUUAAUUUGGACGUUGGUCAGUACCGUUAAGUCGGUACCGUUUAGAGGGACUUUGGACGAAGACUUGGUCUAUAGAGACGGUGGUUGGCUUAGCGCUGUUAUAUAUAUAUUUUUUUACGAUAUUACCACUCCUUUGCGGGUGCUGGUGUUAUGGUCGACAUGCUGAAGACCCGCCAGUGUCUGCUCGGUAUCCGCACUUUCCUCGGAGUGACGUCCAGGAUAUGGGGCUUCAUUUUAUAUAUACUCAGGAAGCACCUACGCACGAUCAUUCAGUAUCAGACGGUGCGAUAUGACACAUUACCAUUGUCACCUGUCUCCAGAAACAGACUCAACGCUGUGAAGCGGAAGGUUCUGGUCCUGGAUCUGGAUGAGACACUCAUUCACUCUCACCAUGACGGGGUCCUGAGGCCAACAGUACGGCCUGGCACUCCUCCAGACUUCAUUCUCAAGGUGGUCAUUGAUAAACAUCCUGUCAGAUUCUUUGUACAUAAAAGGCCGCAUGUCGACUUCUUUUUAGAAGUGGUCAGUCAGUGGUAUGAAUUGGUGGUGUUUACUGCAAGUAUGGAGAUUUAUGGAUCUGCAGUAGCCGAUAAGCUGGACAACAACAGGGGCAUCCUGAAACGUAGAUACUACAGACAGCAUUGUACAUUGGAUCUAGGUAGUUAUAUUAAAGACCUGUCUGUGGUACACGACGACCUCUCCAGUAUAGUCAUUCUUGAUAAUUCACCCGGGGCCUACCGCAGUCAUCCAGACAAUGCAAUACCAAUCAAAUCGUGGUUCAGUGACCCCAGCGAUACAGCACUUCUUAACUUGCUGCCAAUGCUAGAUGCACUAAGAUUCACUGCUGAUGUUAGGUCCGUCCUCAGUCGAAACCUCCACCAGCAUCGGCUCUGGUGAUUGGACGACGGAGGGCUGCGUCUGGCCCUCGAUUUUUACAACCCCUCCCCUCCUGGCGGCCGCCCCAUUUCCUUUCCCUAGACGCUGACCUUUCACCUCUCCACAAACUCCUUCUCCCAGGGGUCAGCAAGGACAGAAUUCACAGCAUAAACCGGACACAGUGGAGGGGGAACGGAUUAGGAGAAAUAGGAAAUGGGUCAUAA